CAUGGAGGACUCGAGAAGAGAUUCAAGCGUAAUAGCGUUGUUGCAGCUGGCUAACUAGCUACUUACCUUGCUAACUAAUAUAGCAAGGUAAUAAAAUCCAACGAUGUGUCGUAAACCUUGUGGUUGACAGCUUCGUAAUAAGGAUGCUUCGUCUACGAAACAUCGGAGCACUGCCUUGUCUGAAUAAGAUGCGUGUCUUGUACCUGGCCCACCUAAACCAGACGCUUUCCCAUCAUCCUCCCUGGACCUGCUGGAGGCUGUCCCACUGCGGGCUGCACAGGGGCUUUUGCGUGAGCUCGGACUCCCAGCCCCCUGGCAGAGCUGCCGAGGGCGCCCCGAAGCGCACAGACCCCCCCGGGCGAGGCCCCCCUCUCGCCCCCACGCACUGCUGCAUGAGCGGCUGCCACAACUGCGUGUGGAUUGAGUACGCGGAGGAGCUGCUGAAGCAUUACCGCGAUGGAGGGGAGCGGGCCCUCGCCGCCAUCGAGGAGAACGUGCACGACGAGAACCUCAAGGCCUUCCUGAAAAUGGAGAUCAGGAUGCUGAAGAAGUGAAGAAGCCCUGAGCGCUCGUUUCCAUCGGUCAGGCGCCGAAUGACUCAUCGGCCGGCCGUGUGGUUCUGUAUGAAAUUCCAUGGCAGUUUUGUAGUUUCAGUUUAAACACAUUUCAGUUUAUCAUUAUUAGUUAUGAUUAUUAAUCAUGAUGAGACAGGGAAGCAGCCAAUGAAUAAAAAUGAAGACAUUAUUUUAUUGUGCUUCUACAAGACACAGAGAAUAAAUGAUUCAGUAAAUGCGCAAACACUAAUAUGCAAACAGAUAGGACCGAUGCUGUACAUUGGCUAAGUGUGUAAGUGUGCACACGAUGGACAGAGAGCAUUACAAUCGAAACAUUUGAGGGCUGCGUGAAGAUGUUUUUUGGCUAGAAAUGUUGCUUGAAUGCUUUACUUGUGCAAUAUAUUCAAGCCACAAUUUAUCUGUUCAGAUGUUCCAGCAUUUCUGUUUGGACACUUACUGGGUUAUGUAUGCUUUUUAAGUCUGCAGUGUUUUUAGCCAGCUGUGACCAGGAGCUGGCCGUGGCGGUCAUGUAUCUUGGGUUUAAUGUUCUCCU